UUUACCACAGUCGUAAACAGGGUACGUUGAGGAGUACUCAGAGUCAUUUUUCCCUAGCUUUCUGAACGCUUAUGGGUAAAAGUAAAUUUUUCCUUACUGUUACCUUUCGACAUUCUGAACGAGUUCCGAGGAACUUUUAUUCUGUGGGUAACGUUUACGAACGAGCCCUUAGUAGUCAAAAGUUUCCCCGCUUGCGCCGCCACUGUUAGCGUGUUCCUCCGCUCGCGGCGCUACUGAUUUCUCCUACCACACAACCUUUUCACCUACCACCGAAGUGACGCGCAAUGUGCUUGAUGGAACAACUCGCAUCAUUCACGCGGACGUUCACAGUCUCACAGUCAGGCUGCUCAGGCGGUUUCUCUGUCAAUUCGUUAAGUCAAUUUUUACUUCCGUUUCAAUUUUGUACAUUUCUUGUAAAAGAGUCUAAACUAAAUAUUAGAAUCUAGUACUAAGUAAAACUUCAAAUUACUAGUAUAAACCAAAUAAUUGUGUUAGAAUAUAAUACAUAUUAUAUACAUACGACGGUGUGCAUUUACUACAUUAUUCUUGGUGGUUUUUUUAAUGAUAUCUUUUAACUUUAACACGCAACGCUACAAUAAAUAAACCAAUAAAACGAACUGCUACGGUGUGUCCGGCGCUGCCGCACUCAAGAACUGGACCGAGUUGAUCGAGCAUUGCGUCGUUGCACAAAACGUCCACAUAACAGAUGAUACCAUGGCUGAGUCAUGAGUGUUACGUCCAGGGUUGAAGAAGGAUACGUAAGAUAUGGAGAGAGAAAGGAGGGACGUAACAACUUGAGAAUGUGCACACGAGGCACAGGCAGGCCGCGUCGACAACCCAGAAUAUAUGGGUCAAUAGGACCACAGCGGGGGCCCAAUGACAAACAUUCGGGGUGUUCCGCGUCCCUCGAUCCUGUUUUGAGGCAACAAAUCUAAUUGCUUUACCUCGGGAUCGGACCUAGUGCUUAUCCUAAGCGAGGAAUGGUGAUCGUGGUUGAAAAAUUAGGACAGAUUAAUUGUUAUACAAUAGUUUAUUCUAAUGAAUAAUAAUAAAGAAUACAAUGUCGACUUACUGGAAAUAUACGUGUAUGUAUAGGUGUAUGUGUGCCUAUGUUGGGACUUCAUUUAACACGGCAGUAUUGGGGCGUAAGCAGGAUGAAAAUUCAAAAAUAAAUAUUGUUCAACUGCUCUGUGAAAUAGAUUUAGAUGUAAAAGCUGCUACAGAUGUCUUGAAUGGACAGGAUAAUAAAUUAAAAGACUCGGCAAGAAAUAAACUUCGUUCAGCGAUUAUAAAAUAUGAACUGAAAGAAGAUGAAAACAAAAAAAUAACCCAAAAACGAUUUCAAGAAAUAGCUUUGCAAAUACAAAAUGCAAUUCCAGGAGAAGUUGAGGAGGUAUAUUAUAUUUCGUAUAAAAGAAUUUUAGAAAAUAAAAAAGUAAAUGCUAAAGGCAACCUUUAUGACAAGUAUAUAAAUUAUGUUAAACAUUUACGCAAAAAUGGAUGGCAAAAAAGAAAGAUAAAAUCGACAGAUUUUGAAUCAGAUGUAAUUUUAAACGACGAUUUGAUGGGAAAGCUUGAGUGGCUUCGUAAUCAUAAAGAACCAUAUGAAGAAUAAAAGAAUACUGGGACGUUACUCACGAAGUAAGAUUAGCACAGCUACGACGGGAACCAGAUAGCAUUUAUGAUUACAUCAUUGAAUAUGGUGCUCUUCAAUUGACAACUGGCUACAAAUUAAUAAGUUCCAAUAUAUUUACAUAAAUCUGCAAUAUGGAAAUGUUAUUUUAGUGAUAAGGAAUAGUUAGUUUUCAGUCAUUUUUAUUUUUUUCAGCUUCUAGCAGAUUUUAAGAUAUUAUAUCCUGAUUAUGAUACACGAAUGUAGAGUAAAUGGAUAGAGUUUGCAAGAAAAGUAUCACUACUGUUGUCUUUAGAAGAUAUUUCUGAUUUAAAUAUUUUCUUACAAUUAGAAUAUCUUUUUACUCCAGUUCCUGUACCUCUAAUUAAUGGAAAGAGAUGGAAGUCUUCUACACAGGAAAUGAUAGAUAGAUUCAUUCUUCAUGUGAAGGUAAUGAAUAAUUUGGUGUCCAAUAUCCAGAGAAUCAAAAGCAGAGCUCAACAAUUGAAGACUAAAAUUCAACCGCUUGUUGUCGCUGUAGGACCUACUCUGUCACUGUGCAAAGAUUUUUAUGUAGUAAUUGAUAAAAAUUACUAUAGGUUUGAUAACAUUCGGACGGCAGUAGAUACAUGUUUUAAAUGCGUGCAUGCUUUGCAUGCUGAAUAUUCUCCUCAAAGUGAGGCAAUAUGGUAUUUUUUACGAUUUGCAUUGUACAAAUUAUGUACACAAUGGGACAAAAUAAUACCUCAAGUGAGUAAACAAUUAAAAUCUUUUCCUGAAAAAUAAUACUUUUUAAUUCGUUUCUUUACUGUAACAAGACAAUUUAAUUAACAGUUUAAUAUUAGAAAUUUUGAUAAGGUUUAUUUUAUUUUUAAGUUAAACAUAUAUUUGUCGUACGACUGUCAUCAUGCCUCGCUGUAUUAUAAAAAAUUGUAGCCAUGCUCUAUUUCCAUCCGUUAAAGCACUCUAUCU